AGAAAGCAGCAGAGGCGACGAUGGCUCAGUCCAACUUCUUCCAGCUGGCAGGCAUCUACACCUGGGUGGCAGGAAUCCUCUUCGAUGGAUUCUUCACCUUGCUGCCCUUCGCCCCAGAUCUGGUCCCCCUCUCGUACCUCGGGCCGUUCGGCAGCUUCUUCCAGAACCUGGUGGACAACAGCCCUGCGGGGCUGAUCAACUUCUGGUGGUUCCUGUUCGGCAUUCACAUCACGGAAGCUCUUCUUUCAUUCCGCGUGUGCACUGAGAAAGGCGUCACGGAUGGUACAGCCCGCUUCCUGUGGUUCUUCCAAACCUUCCUCUUCGGCUACUUCUCCCUCGGCCUGCUCUUCAACUACUACCCGGAUCGGCAGAAGCAGAAAUAAGACCAGAAGCAUGAAGGCUUGAGCCUCUGCUCUAGAUGUGUGUUGUGUGCCCCUUGGUUGCUCACCUGUGUCCGGCAUCGCAGUAA